AUGAAUACACGAAGAACUCGAAAAGAGCCACGAGAUAAUACAUCCCGCAGGACGGGUCCUUGGGAACCUCAGGAGGACGAAAAAUUACUGGAAAUAGUAAGAGAAUUAGGAGUUAAGCACUGGAAGCUCAUUGGAAUUAGACAUGGCCUACGUGACGGAAAGCAAUGUCGCGAACGUAGAUGGCAUAAUCAUCUAAACCCUGAUUUAACAUAUGGCCCCUUGACUCCCGAAGAAGACAAAAAAAUACUAUCAUUUUAUUCUGAAAUGGGCACAAAAUGGGCGGUGAUGAGUCAGUUAUUAGGAAGACCAGCUAAUUUAAUAAAAAACCGGUAUUAUUCUUCCUUGUCUAAAAAACGUGAUCAUGCCGCGAUUGAUGAUUCAGAUGAUUCCACAAGUAGCACUUGUGCUUCGUCUGAUUGUUCUCCUAGACCAAAAAAACGGCGAAUUACUAAAGAAUCAUCACGUCAUUCUCAUUCUCGAAAAAGAUCAUUUAAAUCAAAGUCGUUAGAAAAUUCACCCAUUGAACGGUGGAUUCCUGAAAGUCAUCGCUAUCCAACGCGUCAUCAAAUAAAUUCAUGGCAUUCACUAAAAACUCCAAUUUCUAGUCCUGAAGCCGUAGACAUUCCAUGUCUCGACUUGAACUGCCCUACUUAUAAUUAUAGUUCUUCAAACAAAUACAUUUCCAUUCCAACACCGACCUAUACACCAAUACCGUCUCCUGUUCCAAUGUAUCAUCAUAAUCAUCAUAAUAAUUGUACAGCAGCUUUAGAGCAACUUGCAGAUUUAGCGAUUCAAAAUGCAAG